AUGAAAUUAUUCAUUGCUUCCUCUCUCUGGAUUGUUCUCACUGUAUUCCAGGAACACAUUUUUUGUUUCUCCUUAAAUUUACCUGCUUCUCCUGGCUACUAUCAAGACGGGGAUUUUGUUAUUGGAGGACUCUUUUCCUUUACAGUGUCUGGUGGAAUAAAUGGAAGUAAAUUUGAAUUUACAGAUAUAAACCUUAUUCCGGCUUAUGCUCACUUCUAUCUUACCAAACAUUAUCAGCAAAUGCUGGCAAUGGUUUUUGCUAUAGAAAAACUCAACAAGGACCCAAAGAUUCUAUUCAAUAUGUCCCUGGGAUUCUAUCUCUUCAAUGUUGACUUUCUUGAGAUGAAGGCUGUGGAGAGUUCUAUGGCUUUGCUCUCAGGAGAGAGCCCCCCAAUUCCUAACUACACCUGCAGGCCUGAGAAGACUGAUAAGCUGGUUGCUGUGAUAGGAGGCAUUUCAACAGGAAUAUCAACUCAGAUCUCCCGAGUUCUAAGUCUCUACAAUAUCCCACAAAUCAGCUAUGCUCCUUUUGACCAGAGUCUUGGGACCCAAGUCCAGCUCCAGUCUCCUUACCAGUUUCCUAUGCACACCACAGCUCUGUAUCAGGGAAUUAUUCAACUGCUGCUAUACUUCUCUUGGGUCUGGGUUGGCCUGGUCAUCUCAGAUGAUAUGAGGGGAGAACUCUUCCUUAGGGACAUCAUAGAGGAGAUGAAGAACCAUGGACUUUGUCUUGCAUUUGCAGAAAAGAUUCCAGAAACUGCUGCUGUGGACACAGUACACGAGAAGCUUUUUUUCGAAAGAUUCACAUUGACAUCUGUUAUUGUUGCCUUUGGUGACACUUGUUCUCUUCUGUAUUUUGUGGAAGACACCAUUCAGUAUCAUACUUUUCAUAAUGUCUGGAUCACAACUUCUGAUUUGGAUUUAACCAUGUUUACUUUUUAUCAAAAUACAAAUUUGUUCACUUUUGGAGGAUUAUCAUUUUCUUUUCACAUGGAUGAAAUUCUAGGAUUCACAGAUUUUCUCACUAGUGUCCAACCCAGAAAAUACAGUCAUAAUAUCUUUAUUCAGGAGAUGUGGUCGGUCUUAUUUGGAUGUCCAUACAUCUAUAGGAAUGGAGUCAUGGAACCAAGUCGAUGUGAGCAAAAUGGCAGCCUGAGCACACGUCCUUUUCAUGACUGGGAUAUGAAUACCUCACCCUAUAGCUACAAAGUCCAUGCUGCUGUACACGCCAUUGCUCAGGCACUCCAUGAGGAGCUGUCACUAAGAGUGGAAGGAGAGUCACUUGAUAAAAGUGUCUUCCAGGCUCCUCUCCCAUGGAAGCUCCAUCCAUUCUUACAAAAGGGACAACUUGGGAGAAGUACCAAUGAAGGGAAUGUUGAGAACAAGGAGGUGUCAGCAACCAAGCUUGACAUCUUUAAUUACCAGUCUCUGCAGAGCGGUACCGAAGCUCAAGUGAAGGUUGGCGAGUUUGUCUUUGAACCUCACAGUGUGCAGCAUCUUUCCCUAAAUGAAAAACUCAUAAAUUGGGGCAGAUACCACAAGGGGACUCCUGUAUCUGUUUGCAGUCAAAGUUGUCCACUUGGAUUUAGGAAAGCACCUGUUGAAGGGAAACCAUUCUGUUGUUUUGAUUGCCUCCCAUGUCCAGAUGGAGAGAUUGCAAAUGAAACAGAUAUGAAUCAAUGCAUCAAGUGUUCUGAAGAUCAGUAUCCAAACAAGCAGAGGAAUCAGUGUCUCCCUAAAAUUAUGACAUUUUUGUCCCAUGAAGAUACUCUAGGAGCUGUUUUGGUUUCUGUGGCCAUUAGUUUAUCUGCCUUUUCAGCUAUGAUUUUAGGAUUAUUUAUCUGCUAUCGGGACACACCCAUUGUCAGAGCAAAUAACAGAAAUCUCAGUUAUCUCCUCCUAGUUUCUCUAAUGCUCUGUUUCUUUUCUUCACUAAUAUUCAUUGGCCAACCUAGCACAGUCACCUGUGUCUUGAGACAAAUGAUUUUUGGGGUUGUAUUUUCAGUUGCAGUUUCUGCUAUCUUGGCAAAGACCUUCACUGUGGUUGUGGCCUUCCAAACCAUCAAACCAGGAAGCACCUUACGAAUGUGGAUGGUGACCCGACUCUCAAAUAUUAUAGUCUUCUGUGGUUCCAUCAUUCAAGUGUGCAUCUGCGCAGUCUGGUUGGGAACAUAUCCCCCUUUCCCUGAUGUUGACAUGCAGUCAGAGUUUGGGCAAAUCAUCCUCUUGUGUAAUGAGGGGUCCACCCUUGCUUUCUACUGUGUUCUGGGGUACUUGGGCUUUCUGGCCAGUCUCAGCUUGCUUAUUGCUUUUCUGGCAAGAAGGCUACCUGACAGCUUCAACGAGGCAAAAACAAUCACGUUCAGCAUGCUGAUUUUCUGCAGUGUGUGGAUUUCUUUUGUGCCUGCUUACCUGAGCUCCAAAGGCAAAACCAUGGUGGCCGUGGAAAUUCUUUCAAUUCUGGCCUCCAGUUCUACCUUACUAGGCUGUAUAUUUCUUCCCAAAUGCUAUGUGAUCUUACUGAGGUCAGGCGGCUAUUCUAGAAAGAAUUUCUUUAAAUGA